AUGCUCAUUCUAGUCACAGCUCUAAUCUUGAAGCUGUCGCUCGUCCUCGGUUUCGAAGCCAGUUCCAAAUCAAACGUUGCCGUUUAUUGGGGUCAGGCCUCAGCUGGCUCCCAAGAAUCUCUAGCAUCAAACUGUCAAUCCCCAGACGUGGACAUCGUGCUGCUUUCCUUUCUAUAUUCCUUCCCCACCAGCAUCGACCUGGACUUUAGCAGUGCUUGCUCUUCUUCUUUUGGUGACGGGCUAUUGCACUGCGACCAAAUCGCUCAAGACAUCAAGACUUGCCAGAGUCAAGGCAAAAAGGUUCUUCUUUCCAUGGGCGGUGCAAUUGGCUCCUACGGAUUCACCAGCGAUUCCCAGGCCGAGGAUUUCGCCACCACACUGUGGGACACUUUUGCCGGUGGCUCUGCCUCCGAAAGACCAUUCAACGAUGCCGUUGUCGACGGCUUCGAUUUUGAUAUUGAAAAUCAAAACCCUACGGGCUAUGCAGCUUUGGCUAAGAAGCUGAGAGAACAUUUCAACUCCGCCUCUCGUGACUACUACUUGUCUGCUGCCCCUCAAUGUUUCUACCCUGAUGCAUCUGUUGGUGACCUUUUGAACAACGCAGAAAUUGAUUUCGCCUUUAUUCAAUUUUACAAUAACUAUUGCAACGUCGACUCUCAUUUCAACUGGGACACUUGGACUCAGUUUGCGGCAGGUGCACCAAACCCAAAUAUCAAAUUGUACUUGGGUUUACCGGGGUCUUCGUCUGCUGCUGGCUCGGGUUAUCUCUCUGACUUGAACCUGGUUCAAUCUACUGUCAACAAGAUCAGCGGCAGUGCUAACUUUGGUGGUAUCAUGUUGUGGGACGCCUCUCAGAGCUUCACUAAUAAGGUUGACGGUGAUACUUACGCCGCCCAAAUGAAAAAGAUCUUGGGUUCCGUGAGCUCUGAAAGUACUCCAAAUACUUUUUCUCAAACCCCCUCCUCCACAUCUUCGAGCGCCUCCUCUACAGUGGCGUCUUCGACUUUCUUCGCAAAAUCGUCCGCAGCUACUUCACGCUUUGUUACUUCUGCAUCUUCAGCAACCGACUUGUCUUCCGCCACUGUUGCUCCUUCAUCCACGUCACAAUUCUUUGCCAAGUCUGCUAAAAGCUCUCUUUUUGUUGCCUCUACAUCAUCAUCACCCGAUGUGACUUUUACGUCGGAAGCUUCGACUACUUUAUCUCCUCAGUCAAGCUCCAUGGCUUCUUCCGCUCCAGUUUCCCACGCUCAUACCCAGGCGCUUACAUCAAGCGUCCCAGUUGUCAUUUACAGCACCUCCACUGCGUCUCAAAGUGCUUCUGCUGCGUCUCUCCAGACCACCAGCCUUGAAACUUCUGCAACUAGCUCAUCAGCAGAAUCUCAACCAUCAAACACAAUGACUGCUUCCGCCACCUCAGCCGCAAGCUCGUCCGAGACAUCUUUCACCCUUUCAUCUACCUCGCAACAAAGCAGGACUGUCUUGGCGCCUACUAGCAUUCCAACAUUCGCACCAAGCACCACUUCUUCGCCAACUGCUACUGGCUCAAAUACGUGGGCUCACACCAGAGCAAUUGAAUUGAAUGCACAAUAUGCUGCUGGCCAGCUUAACGGAAAGUCAUCCUGCUCUGAUGGCGAGAUCGCUUGCUCAGCUGAUGGCCACAUCACGAUUUGCGAUCAUGGGCUUUGGGUCUAUACUGAAUGUGCUGCCGGAACGACUUGUUUUGCUUACGAUUAUGAAGAUGCCGUCUACAGCAGCUGCAACUUUGCAAAUGUCAAGAGCAGCUUUGUUUGA